AUGCCCAGUGUGCUUGCCGGGGGCUCGCACGGGCUUGUUCCGAGGUGUCCUCCUGUAACUGCACUUGCCUCCGCUGCUUUUGCAGCUAAACCGAUCAGGGAAGAUGAGAGUAAAGCCUCCGGCUCUGCCCGGAAACCCCGAAGGCGGCAAGGCAGAGUGGGUCGAAAGCAGAUGCCCAUAGGUGUGAUGUACCCCGCAGCACCCUUUAUUGCCCCACGGGGUUCCAAGUCUGUCUGUUCAGCGAGAGGAACCCGAGCUCUGUCCUUUGAGUCCGUCUCGCCCCGCCCCUUUUUUAGCCGCUGCGAAAACCCGGCUGGGUGGACCACCCCGGAGCCUGGCUCUGGCCUCCCCGAGCCGGGCCAUGCACACUCGAAGCCCGGGUUAGAAGCCCGGGUGAGAGAAGUAGGGGUCGGUAGGAAGCUGCAGCCUGGCGAGUGGGCGGAGCCAGAGACACUAAGGAGGGGGUUCAAAAGGAGGUGGAAGGAUACCCGAGUCACCGUCGGAACUACUUUCGGGGAGAGGUCACGUGUGUUCUUAGUUGGGGAACUUUCCAAAUUCCCACUCCCCUAUGAUAGCUUUGGAGGCAAGUGUUGGGUUCCCGUUGCCCUGCGUGUUCCCGCCUCGUGCAAGCAAGGGGACCCCAGGAUCUCCGGGCUCUGUCGGGGCUGGUGCCUGGGGAGCUCGUUACACAAGCACCCCCAUCCAAGCACGUGUCUCCGCCUCCCUGCACGGCUGGAUGCCGCUGCCGAUCUUUGCAAACCACAAACUGGGGUACCCAAGAUGGUCCUACCCCACUUCUACCACGGAGCAAGCUAA